CAUUUCCCUCUCUUUCCGUCUUCGUAGUAGGCGACAGAGCUGUGAUUCGACACCGAGGAAAAGAUUCAAACCCUAAUCCUUGGUUCCUUUUAUCUGCUUCUUCUUCCAUGAAAUGGGAGAUGGAGAUGGAGGAGGUGGAGGCAGUUCUGGAGCGGAUCUGGGAUCUCCAUGACAAGAUCAGCGACGCCAUCCAUGCCAACUCUCGCGCGCACUUCCUCCGCUCGGUUAAAGGCUGCCGCGGAGGGAGGGACCUGCCGCCUCUGGUAGCUUCGGCGGUGGAUGGAGGAGGGGAUGGGGUUGGGAAGGGCGGUUUCGUCUACGUCAAGGAUUUUAGGGUGGACGGCGAGGAAGAAGGCUCGGGGAUAGCGGAAGCCAGGAGUCUCAACGCCAUUCGCUCCGCGCUGGAGAACCUCGAGGACGAGCUCGAAUUCUUUCAUAUUGUACAAUCACAACAGCGUGCUGAACGAGAUGCUGCGAUAACACGAUUAGAACAAAGCCGAGUCAUUCUUGCCAUGAGAUUGGCUGAUCAUCGUGGAAAGAGGUAUAAAGUCAUUGAAGAUGCUCUGGCGUUUGUUGGUGAUGUGCAUGAUAUGGGUCAAUUUCUCAGACCAGAGAGCCAGUUGGGUGAGAAUUUGGAAGGGCGUGAGAAGAAACCUAGCAUGUUUAUGCAGGCGUUCUUAUCAAGCUUCGCUGCAGCGGAAAGGUCGAUCAGAUUGGUGGGUUUUCAAGGCAUUUUAGCAAAUGCAGCUAUUUUUGCCGUAAGUAUGCUUGCUUUUCUGCAGCUCAAUCAAGUUGCUUGUAACGGUGGAAACACACAGACACGAGAUCCGACAUCCUACAGGAAGAGAAAUGAAAGAAAAUGUUUGCUUUUGGAUAAAUCUUCUACGGGGAGCCAAUCGAAGCAUCUCGAUGUUACGUUCGCCAGGGGAUAGGAAGAUAGGAUUGUCCUGAAAUGGUGUUUGUAAAUUCUUUUCUUUUGGUCAUUAGGCAGUUUGGCAAGGCAAUUAUUUUGAUUAAAGUUCUCAAGAUAUUUUGCCUCAUGAUACUUUUGCUCAAUCUUUUUCAUUUGUCGUGGGCACGGUCUCUUAUAAUAUAGGGUAAGUCUGUGUAUAAUAAAUUCAAUGUGAUCUAAUCUUUUUUCUGGGAUUUUGUAGCAGGAGUUUUGUGUACAGGAGUAUUAUUAUUUUUUU